UACAUCCAGGCGCGUCGCAAGGCCGCCCGCGAGACACCCUUGGCAGGUCCGCCCAGUCCAAGCUGGCUUUUCAGUGUCCGCAACCUCGUCUCCAACAACCCUGAGGCUCCAGCUAUCUACGAGAGAUGGAGCGAGGAGUUUGGAUCAGUUUACCGCAUUCCGGAUCCGUUUGGAUCCACCAGGGUUGUCCUCGCUGAUCCUAAGGCUAUCGCGCACUUCUAUUCGGAGGAGACUUGGACGUAUGUCCAAACUAAAAUUGCCAAGGUCGCGAUCGAGGGUCUGGUACGUUCAGAAGGCGAGUCCCACAGGAGACAGCGCAAGGCCAUCUCCCCCGUAUUCAGCAAUGUCGCGAUUCGCAGGUUAACUUCGAUCUUCUACGACUCGGUGUACAAGCUCAAAUCUAACUGGGACAGCCAGCUGGGUUCUGCUGACUCCGUCAUGAUAGACGUGCAGAAAUGGUGCUACUCACGCCACCAUACGCAAUAUUACUCUGAAAUCCUUUCUUCUAGUUUGGACAGCGUCGGGAUCACUGGAUUCUCGCAUGAUACCGGCUCUCUUGAAUGCAGACCAUCUGUAGUUGCUGAAGUGUUUGACGCGAUGGGUCGCAUCAAGCCUGGCGUAGUCACCGCGGCGGCGCUCUUCUUCGGCACCAUCUUCCCCUUUCUUUGGUGUCUUCCUACCGAGACACGCAGGCUUCAACUGAAGCUCAACAAGGCUAUGGAGGAGAUCGCGGUUCCGCUACUCGAGAACACUUGUAAGGAGAUGAAAGGAUUGGGGGAGAAAGGCAAAGAAGAGAAGAGUAUCAUAGGCUUGUUAAUUAAGGCUGAGGAUGCCAAUUCGAGCCUACAUGUU